AGAAAGGUGCACUGUGAUCCAAAAAGAGUAAAACCCCUCCGCACGGCAGCUAUUGCCCAAGCAAAGAUCACAACUUCUCAUCCAAGUUCCAGAUGAAUUAAAUAAAAUCUCAAUCAUUACUCUUAAUUGAAAGGUAGACACAGAUUGACAUCUUUGAAAACAGAAUUGAGAUUUCGAGAGUUCGUAGUUCUGAUAUGGCAAAUGAAUCAUCCUAUGAUGUCCUCCAUGGUGUCAGGAACGAACAUGACAUCUUACAGCUAUCAGAUACAGCUUAUGCUGAAGAAUUGCAGUUCCAGGAGCCCCUCCAAAUGUCUACGAUCCCUUCUCAGAUGAAAAUAGAUGAUCGCUUGUUCCCGUCGUCAUUAGUCACUCCUGCAGCCGUGGUCAAAGUAGUUGGUAAAUGGAAAGGUUUAAAAGAGGAAGAGGAUGAUCACCAAAUAGUUUGGCCUCCGAUGGUUGUCAUUAGAAACACAAGCAUUCCUACUGAUGAUAAGUGGAAAGGCAUGAGAAGCUUAGAGCUCCGUCAGCAGUUCAGCUCAUAUGAUGCCAUUAAGGUUCGUCACUGCUAUGGUCCCCAAGGUCACCUUGGUAUAAGCCUCUUGAUCUUUGAGAAGUCAGCAGCAGUAGAGGUGAAUGAGGGAUGGGACAAGGCAGGGAAGCCCCAAGGCUUGAGCCUAGGAAACAUAAUUGAUAGAUAGACAAAUUUAUAAGAAAAGUGAAGUCUAUUCCUAUUCAUUUAGACAGAUAACAGUCACUGGAUCAUUGAUGAAUGAGGUAGGUACUUACUAUUGAGACUUGAGAGUGUAUCCUUCUAUCAACAAUUAAAAUUAUUAUAAUUGAAGCAUAAUGAAUUGCGCUCUAACAU